AGAAGCAUGAUAAAUAUGAUGUCGAAAAUGCAGGAGUAAAGCAGUUUAGUGAGGGUGUGACCUUAGCAUACGUAACACCUUGGAAUAACCAUGGUUAUGACGUCGCCAAAAUUUUUAAAGGAAAGUUCGACUACAUAAGUCCAGCAUGGUAUAAUGUUCAUCGAAGGUUCACAUAUCGAUACGAUCUAUUGGGUGGUCAUGAUGUCGAUCAAAAAUGGAUCAAGGAUGUUCGCGUCAAAGUGGACGGAAAAAUUCGUGGUAAAAUUGUACCACGCUUUCAACUUCACAAUUGGAAUCAAUAUGAUUAUCAAUACUUUAUUCAAGACCCUAAAGAAGCGAGUUUUCUCACAGACACAUUGGCCACGGAGUGCAGAAAACAGGGAUUUGAUGGAAUGGUUCUCGAGGUGGGAUAUACGGCAUUGCUUCGAGAAUUUAUAAAGAACUUGGGAAAUAAAUUGCAUGAACAAUCACAAGAACUUAUUUUGGUAUUGGCACCAAAGAGUUCGCUGACGGCAGCACAGUAUGAGGAUUUCAGUCAAUUCGUGGACCUAUUCUCACUGAUGACCUAUGAUUAUUCACAACCAAGCGCACCUGGCCCGAAUGCACCCAUAGAAUGGAUGGAAGAUAAUAUAGUAACAUUGACUCCGACGUCGAUCAACCGUAAAAAAUUACUGUUGGGCUUAAAUAUGUAUGGGACGGAUUUUUUUAAUGGACAAAUGGAGCAUGUGAUUGGGAACAACGUUAUUCAGAAACUAAAACAACACAACCCUAUAAUCGAGUGGGAAAAAAAAUUUGAAGAACAUCAUUUUCGAUAUCAAGAGAGUGGAAUAUCUCACGACGCUUGGUAUCCUUCUUUGAAGUCAAUAAAAUCAAGACUCGAUUUGGCUGAAGAUUAUGGCACCGGGUUAUCCAUCUGGGAAAUUGGUCAGGGAUUGGAUUAUUUUGUAAAAGACUACAUUAACUACAUUAAAAAUAAAAUGUACAAGAAAUUAGAACAAGAAAUGGAAGCUUGGAUAACAGUGACAGUGUUGAACGUGUGA